AACCUAAGCAAGCUCAUAUUGUCAUGCUGCAAUCACGUCCACGUGUCAGAAACAGCCCACUGUCCAAAGAGAAUUGCUUUGCUUUCCUGCUGCCGCCGUGGUAAUCAUGGCUUUUUGCGUAGUACCAAAUCUUUUUUUAAUAAUUAUAAUAAUAACAAAGCCAAACUCCAAAAAGAAUUAAAUUAAAUUUAAUUUCUUCCUUUAAAUAUUCCCAGAGAAAACCAGAAACCAUUCAGAGCACUAAACUAAACUACUGAAGAGUCUAGACGGAGAUAAACCCAUUUGGCAAUUCUUUGGCAAGAGACAGGAGAAGAGAGAAAGAAGAGAUGAUACUGGUGGCGAUAAUGGCGGAGCUGAUGGAGGAGUACACGGCGUUGCUGACAAGUGUUUUGGAGCAUUUGUUUAACGAGGCACCUUUUCCAAGAAGGGUUCGUUUUCUCAUCCUCCAUAACCUUCCCUUUGCUUCCUCUGCUCAUCCUCCUCUACUUAGACCUCCUAACUAGACUUCACUGAAUACUAUAAAUAUAUUGUUAACAGGGAGUUUUCUCCUCUCCCACCAACCUCUUUACUGAAGCUUAAAUUCUUGAGGGAUUUGUUUUGCUCUGUAAAUUGUUGGAGAGUUUAUCAGAGAUUUUUCAUAUAUUAUGUUCC